UAUCCCCUCUCUCUCUCUCUCUCUCUCUCUCUCUCUCUCUCUCUCUUCUCAACCAAUCCAUGGCCUCCGCUCUCCGCUUCCUCCUCCCGCCACCGCCCUCUUCCCGCCAAAAUUCCAUCUCCGUCCCUCGCUGCUCCUCCUCGUCCCCAAACCCUAACCCUAACCCUAACCCUAAUCCUGACCCCUCGUCCGAUGCUUUUGUUGAGACUCCCUUCGCCGCCGCCGCCGCCGCCGCCGCCACCACCUCCUUCGCCGUCGAGAGGCGCGUGCCCUCCGCGAUCGUGCGCGACCCGGCGCGCGGCCCCGGAUCGGCGAUCGAGCGGCCCCCGGAGCCCCCGAACUUCGAGAUCGGGUGGAAGCGGACGAAGGAGAUCGCGAAGGCGAGGCCGAAGGGGUGGGCGAUCGCGGACUUCUUGGAGAAGCUGGAGGGGCUGAUGGGGCGGGGGCGGUACGGCUCGGCGGCGCUGCUGGCGAAGGUGGCGGAGGUGGUGGCGGAGCGGGCGCGGGAGGAGGCCGAGGCCAUGGCCGCGCGCGGCGAGGUGGAGGAGCGCAGGGUCACGGAGCUCCGCCGCGUGCUCAAGCUCAUCGAGAUGGACGUGGAGAUGGUGAGGGCCGCGGCCAAGGAAGACACCAUCAGGGACCGGAUCGAGACCGCGCGGGCGCGGUGUCGCCAAGCCAUUCUCGUCGCACUCUCCCUGUGAGCGCGCUCGCCAAGUGUUCGGUGAAAUGCUCCAAUGAAUGAAUUUAGUUGUGAAAUCCUGCAAAAACGACUGUGCAUAUUAAUUAAAUUUUCUCGCUGAUAGACUAAAUUUGACAUUUUCUUGCUA